AUGAAAGCUUGUAAUAAAGUCCCUUCUGAUGUGAAGAAUGAGUAUCAAUUAGCUAUAAAAGACUUUAAGGAUUUGAAAUUUAAGAGAUGUGCUAUACUCCGUGAGAUUGGGGAAGGAAUUGGUGGUGGAAGUGAUAGUAUAGAUUCUCCAUUAGAAGAAUGUGGGAGUAGUGCUGCUCAACCAAAAAUCAAAGGACCACUUGAUAGUUUUGUGUCUUCUCAACCUAGGCAAAUCGUAUUGAAUGAAGCUUACAAAAAAGAGUUAAGAAAAGAAGUUUGUCGGAUGGUUGGGCAUUUUGUGUUUUCUAGGGUGCUUCCUUUUAAUACGGUUAAUGAUCCAUUUUGGUUAGCUAUGGUAGAGGGAAUUGCCAAGUAUGGUGUAGGGUUCAAGCCUCCUUCUAUGCAUGAAUUAAGGACUUGGAUUCUUAGGGAAGAAGUUGAAGAUAUUGAUAAGUAUUUGUUAGAGCAUAAGAAAGCUUGGGAGAAGUAUGGGUGUUCUAUCAUGUCGGAUGGUUGGACCGAUGGAAAGGGUAGAGUACUUCUUAAUUUUCUUGUGAAUAAUCCGGCGGGUACUUUCUUUUUGAAGUCCAUUGAUGCAUCCGGUAGUGUAAAAAAUGGUAGUUUAAUGCUAAAGUAUUUAGAUGAAGUGGUUAGAGAAGUUGGGGAAGAGAAUGUAGUUCAAAUAAUCACCGAUAAUGCAUCAAAUUAUAAAAAUGCGGGCCUUAGACUUAUGCAAAGGAGGUUGAAGUUGUGGUGGACUUCAUGUGCAGCACAUUGUAUUGAUCUUAUGCUUGAAGAUAUUAGCAAGCUAAUCAUCUUUGAGAAGACCUUUGCAAGUGCUAGGAAAGUGGUGAAGUUUCUCUAUUGUCACACUUGGGUCCUUUCUCUCAUGAGGGAAUUCACAAACAACAGUGAGAUCAUUCGUUCGGCGGUAACUCGUUUUGCAACUUCCUUUCUCACCCUUCAAAGUAUCUAUAACCAAAAACAACCUCUUCAAAUGAUGUUUAACAGCAAGAAGUGGAUUGAUGGUCCUUUUGUAAAAAGUCAUGAAGGCAUAGGGGCUCGUGCAAUUGUUCUAUUUGAAAAAAACUUUUGGAGUGAUGUUGCAUUUUGUGUGAAGGGUGUGAUGCCAUUAGUGUGUGUUUUGAGGGAGGUUGAUUCGGAGAUAAGACCUGCUAUGGGCUACAUAUAUGAAUUAAUGGAUGCCGCAAAGGAGAAGAUUGCAUUUGGAUUGAAGAAGAACCCUAGACAUUAUCAACCAAUUUGGAACAAAAUUGAUGCAAGGUGGACUCCUCAACUACAUCAACCUUUGCAUGCUGCCGGAUAUUUUCUAAACCCUCAACUACAUUAUGAAGACAACUUCUCAAUUGUUUUAGAAGUCAAGAAAUGA